CGGAACUCGACUCCACCAAAAACCAGGAGAAAAAAAUCCCCCGCUCGGAUCUCAAGUGAUCUUGCCAGCGAUCGCGAUUUGUGCUCCACCGGGGUCGGAGCGAGCGCUUGCUUCGCCAAUGACACAACAAUCGGACCAGGGCCAGGAGGCCAAGUUCGUCUUUGUCGGCGGCCCGCUGAUGAACAAGGGCGGCCCACUCCGAGGCCGGGCCAUCAGGCAGGGCCGCCGCGAUACGAAGCAGCAGCGACGGCUCGACGCAGCGAUCGAGGUAGAAGAACUAUUACGAGAAGGGACGAAUCCAGAGUGCACCUGUUAUCGCGCAAGUCCGGCUGGUACCGGCCGGGAACAGUCACUACACCUUACUAUCCCUCCUGCAGGGGGCAGUGGCUCGUCGGAGCUCCAGGGGUUCCGACCAAUAAAGCCCAAGGCGCCGUCGCAGGCCGACCCUCGAGUACGGAAUGUGCAGGGCCAGUUUUGCUCGUUCUGCGGGCGAUAUCUGCGCGUGCGGCGCUCACCCACUACCCCCUCUGUGGCACUGGGUUCGGUAUUUGACCUUGGCGCAGGGAACCACGACCCCAUCCUGCCCAAGAACGAAGUCACGAGCCAACUCAAGGUGCAGGAGAUUCUGCACUUUGCGAGCACGCAGAUCUGGCCGAAUUUCCGACCGCUGCGGUAUACCUCCGAUUGCUACCAGUCGUGGGUCGUUCCGUACAAUGACAAGCUGACGCUGUAUGCGACCCUGUGGUCGGCCUCGUACCAUCUAGACGUUUUGCGCCUGACGUAUGGGGAUCGGGAUCAUCGGAGAGAGUCAAAGGAGCAGCUCUAUCUAAAGGGACUCACUCUGCAGACGCUGCGAGGGGCGAUCGAGACAUAUACAACGCAAACGCCAGUAGAUGGCAUCAUCAUGUGCAUUCUGUACCUGGCUGUGAAUGACACCGUCGAGAAAGGAGUCUUUCGAGACCCAAGUCCGUUCACGCCGCUAUUUACUGGCCUGCAUUCUUUGGACUUUUACGGCAGUCGAGACUAUCAUCCCCUUCACUGGACAGUCAUCCAGGACCUCCUCGGGAGACUCGGCGGGAUCACAGUCCUCCGUGCGCAUGGGGUCGCGUGGCUGCUCUCCAUCGCCGACAUAAUGAACGCCGCCCACGCGAUCGUAAAGCCAAUCUACCCAUGCCUGGGCGUCGAUGGCUCGGUCCUAAAUCUCGACCCUCCUCUUCGAUUAUUCACGGCGUACGGAGUCCAGGUGGAACCUGGGUCUCAGCACCCCGGAUCUGGCUUCCGCGACCUGCUCUCUCUCGUCCCGCCCGUGAGACCGGAACACGUUACAGCGCUCGCCAACGUCGGCGAGCUCUCGUACGUGCUGCAAUCCCUCUCAGACCAACCCUGCAGCCCCAAGGCUCUGGAUCUCCUCGGCGACUGUCGGAAUCUCGUGCACCACCGCCUUUUCUCACUCCCCGACGAGAAGGAUGCCACGGAGCAAAUUCUGCAGUCUGAAGGAUUGCCCGAGGCAGCUAUCGCUGACGCUGAGCGCCAGCGGACAAAAGAAAUCUAUCUUACUGCUCGACUAGCCGCCCUCUUAUUCGCUAUCCACGUCACAUUCCCCAUCCCUCGAUCGUCUCUCGUCAGCGGGCCGCUUCUGAAAUCUCUCUGUCCCAAACUCCAGUUGCUAGUUGACCAAGGAGUCUCAAAUCGAAUCGUUUUAUGGUCUGCGAGCGUUGCUCUAAUUGCAUCGGAUGGAAAACCAUUGCAUAAAGUAAUCAUGAAACUUUUCUUGAAGCUCUGCCUAGAUCUGGAAAUCGCUUCGCUUGGUGAAUUGCUACAGGUGCUCCGCUCAUUCGCGUGGAUGGACGCCGCGGUUGAGCACCAUUACCAAGGACAGUGGAAAGAUAUCUUUCCCGCAGUCUCUGCCCAGAAAGGUCGAGGUUCAAGGAAACAACUUCCGGUUCGGUAGAUAGGGGUCAAGCGAGAGAGACAGUCCAUGGCUCGAGCCAGGCCUUCAAUGAUCCGCGAAACGUGGAAACGUGGGCAUGGGUGGGUGGGCGGUAUAUCGUGCUAUUCCGCUUUUGGUGUGAUUUUCGAGGGGCCUCAUUGGUUGUUGUCGGACUACUGCGAGUGUGGUGCCUCUUCAUGUCAGCCCUCCACAAGCUUUUCUUUCCUUCAGAGAUUAGACGUUCUGGAAUAUGUUUGUCCCUUUUCUUUGUUUUUUUAGACCCAAAGGCAUCUAAAGCACACCCAGGUUGUUUUCUAAGCGCUUUCCCCUUACCGAACGGUCUUUCUGUCCUUACAAUACCGCCUUGAAUUCAGUCAGCUCCAAGCAUCUGCCCAAAUAAACUUAUACAGAAUCUCUUCUGUAAAAGGUCCUUCAAUGGGGUUACAACAGACGCUGUCAAAAGCGCGCUACUUCUGGUUGGAACUUGCUUGAAUGUUCAUACCGAGGACCUGCC